AUGGUGCGCUGCGUCGGGGCCACGGCUCAGACGUUACACAAGAAACGGCGUGCCUCCAAAUUGGCCUUCCUCUCGAACAUUCCUCCCCCGCUGUCCCCCACGCCUGAUCUUCAACCUCACCGGCAAGGACCAGAUCGGGAACGAUGACUACCUCGUCUUCUUCUUCGCAGCCAGGGGAGGUUCUCCUGCUGAUUCCAUGCCCAACCUGUGGCCACAAGGUGGUCACCUUCAUCUCCCGAGCCGGAGCACGCUUCUACAAAUGCGUCAGGAAAGAUGCUGGGUUAUGACAGUUCAUGAGAUCCAGGGAUACGUACCUGUCGGAGCUGACUAGGGACGGCUUGUCCCAGCCGUACUUACUGCAUCAGCCUCUAGCCGUGCAUCCAUCCGCUCCCCUUCAGCAGAGAUCCAGGUCCGAGAUGUCGGAUGAAGGAAGUUGCGAGGGGGAGACGGCUGACGAAAACCUACACGGAGCUAGUCACAAUUCAGCACAGAGUGGCGACCCAGCUGUGCCACCAGCCCCAACCUCUCAUUUGUUGGUGAAGCACGCUGGUCGAAGACUCGAAGUUAUACAGACAUUCAAUGAGUUCAAGCAUUUUCUUGUCACAAGCAUCGGCGUUGGCGGCAUGCUCAAUCUUCAAAUGCAUACACAUUGCUCGCCAUUUAGACGGAGUCAAGCUGAAACUACCGCUUACGCAGCUUCUGCAGGUGUUAUUUCAAGGUGUCACCAUGGCGAGAUCAUCUUUGCCGCUAACCAGGAACGUGAGAAUUGUUUCGAUGCUGAAAACUCUGAAGUGAACACUAUGAAGUUUGAUAUGCACUUGACGCUGGAUCAUUGCACUUCCCCCGUUGAGUUCAAAUAUGAUUCUGCUAACUCUAAUGCAUUGCCAUCAUGUAGAAGUUACAACAUCUAUGCUGUUGGAAUUCAGAAGUUCAGAGUUUCAGUUUCAUUUUAGCUUUUAAGGAUCAGGCUUUGUCUGUUUCGGUUUCUGAAUAAAGUUACAAAUGAAUGUCUUGACAAUGUCGUUAAUCGCUUGUUAAGAUUUCAUACCCUGUUUUC